AUGGGAGGUGAGGAAGACAAAGACAAAGGGUUUUUUGGGUACCCACCCGCUGGAUACCCGCCGGGUCCUGGGGCUUAUCCACCAGCUGGAUACCCACCCCAACAAGCUUACCCUCCCCCACCACCUGGUGCCUACCCACCUGCACCUGGUUAUCCUCCGGGUGCAUACCCACCUCCACCUGGUGCCUACCCUCCUGCUCCUGGUUAUGGUGGUUAUCCUCCUGCGCCUGGUCAUGCUGGUUAUCCUCCUGCUGGCUAUCCUCCUCAUCACUCAGGGCACGCAGCUGGAAUCGGGGGUAUGAUUGCAGGUGCUGCAGCUGCCUACGGAGCUCACCACAUAGCUCAUAGCUCUCACGGUCCUUACGGACACGCAGCAUAUGGUCACGGAUUUGGACAUGGUCAUGGCUAUGGCUAUGGUUAUGGUCAUGGUAAGUUCAAGCACGGGAAGUUCAAGCAUCACGGAGGCAAGUUUAAACAUGGGAGGCAUGGGAUGUUUGGAGGAGGUAAGUUCAAGAAGUGGAAGUGA